AUGAUUAUGGAUUGGUACCAUGUGGCCUGUAGAUUAGCUGCUGGAGAACAAUUGAACUUGGGUGAAGCCGCUUUAGCAAUGCUUUACCAUAGUCUUCAUGAAAAUUGGCAUAACCCAGAAAGGGAUAUCUUCUAUGGCAGUAAAAGUGUGCAAUCUUGCAAUGUGGGUGCUGAUAUUCACGCAGAGUAUUAUCCAACAAAUAUGGUAGCCUGCCAAUUUGGGUUUUCUCAGAGUGUGCCACACUUCAAAGUUUCUGGCUGGAAUACAGUAUUAGGCAGAGAGAAAUUGACCAUGGCACAGUAUGCAAAGCACUGGGAGUUGAUGGCUACUCUUGGGAAAACAUCUCCAACUACUCCUUUCAAAUUCUUUUUUGAAGCAACCCCUAGAUUUGCAGAAUGGUGGGAAGAUUUGUCAAAUACCAUGUAUGGCUCUGUGUAUAAAGCAAUCAAGACCGCAUUUCGUAUUGGGAAAUAUGUGAAACCCAAAGCUGUUGCAGUUGAAGCUGACUUCGAUCCUAAAGAGAAGGGCAAAGCUGGUAGAAAAGAAAAGGAUGGUCCUCAGAAGACCAAGAAAACCCCUAUUGCCGCAGGAGGGAAAGCCAAACAAGCGCCUGAGAAUCCGGUGACUGUCCAUGGCAGUGACGAUGAAUUUGAUAGUCAGGAGAGUGAUAAUGGUUCUGCUACAGUUGGGGAAAGCAUUGCUGCCAAGAAAACUGUGUCUAAAUCUGGCGGAGCUAAGAGUAAGAAAAAGUUGAAGGCGGCUACUUCGUCCACUCAAACAAGUUCUGGAAAGAAAGCUCCCCCAUCUGUUGUAGCUCUGAUGGCGCAAGUAGUGUACAACACGAAGUAUGACCAGUUGAAGAGCUUGCUAUCUGCAAUCCAAUCUUCCCCUAUUGAUGAUAACAUGGCAGCAACCAUUCGAUUGAUCUUGGCAGAGGCGGUACAGAAGCAGAUAGAGUGUCAAGUCUGUGUGCCACACAUAGAAGAAUACCAAACUGCUUAUGCCUUGCAAGAAAAGAACAAACUGCUGUCGGAGCAACUGGUGGACCAAGCGGCGCAACUGGAAGCUGAGAUCAAGAAGAAAAUGGCGGAAGAAGCAAAUCUGAUGGCCAAACUGGAGAAAGUCCAAACCAAGCGGGUUGAAUUAGAAUCCACCUUGGGUGCUAUUGUUGCAGACAUUGAUUUUGCACUUGGGGAAUAUGGGAGUAUGACUGAAACGGUAGAAAAAAUUCAUCCCAAAUAUCAAGAUGCUGGUGAAACUAGCUCAGGCGAGUUGGAAAUUCCUGAAGAACACAAUCACUCGUCUAAUGCAGAAUGCAGGAAUAACUCCAAAUUCUCCUUCGGCCAUGGAUCAGUUGUAGCCAGAACCAACAGAAGUGGCUCCACCAGUGGAAGGAGGCAGAGCAACAAAAGAAGCUUAGCAAAAUGUGCUGGCAGGAAAUGA